AUGCUUGCUAGAUCCGUCAGAUCCGUCAGACCUUCCCACAUCAGACUCGCUACCAGAGCCUUCUCCACUCCAGUCGAGCCAAAGGAAAAGGCAAACUCCAUUAUUGACGCCCUUCCAGGUAAUUCCAUCUUGUCCAAGACAGGUAUUCUUGCAACUUCUGCUGCAGCUUCCGUCUAUGCAAUUUCCUCUGAAUUGUAUGUCGUCAAUGACGAAACCAUUCUCUUGGCAACUUUUCUAGGUUUUAUGGGUUUGGUUGCAAAGGUUGUUGCCCCAAUGUACGGCGAAUUCGCUAGAGACAGAACUGCCCAUGUCACAAAGUUGUUGAACGAGGCAAGAUUGGGUCACGUCACUGCAGUCAAAGACAGAAUCGACCAAGUCUCCAACUUGAAGGACGUUGUCUCCACCACUAAGGCACUUUUCGAAAUGUCAAAGGAAACCGCAGCUUUAGAAGCAGAAUCCUUUGAAUUGAAACAAAGAGUCAAUGUUGCUGCUGAAGCAAAAUCUGUUCUUGAAUCUUGGGCAAGAUACGAAGCCCAAGUUAGACAAUUGGAACAACAACAAUUGUCCUCUACCGUCAUCUCCAAGGUCCAAUCCGAAUUGAAGGAUCCUAAAUUCCAAGAAAAGAUUCUUGCUCAAGCUGUUGCAGACGUGGAAAAAUUAUUCGCAAAGAACUGA